AUGUGCCUGGUGCUCCUCUGGAAACUUCCCGGACUCCAGGUGACUCAGCACCUGGACUUUGGGGGGCAGCAAAUGUCCUGGCUGCUUCUGGACAAGUGUGGUUCCACUGAGUGGUUCCUCAGGCCUUCCGCUGCUCCAGCACAGCAGCAAAGGACAGCCAGGCUCGUCUGCCAGCAGUCUGCUUCCAGCCUUUGGUCUUGGGCAGAGCAAGGUGUGUUAACGCUCUCGUCGCCACUGUGGCUGUGCGCCCAGCCUCUCCAACUGCGCGGGGAGCGCCAGCGUGCGCUCUUCUCCCGUGCGCUCCUCCUCCCGCCCCGCGGCACGGCGCUCUCCUCAGCCUGCCCACCCACUUUGCGCCGUUGCUGGUCGCGCACAGGACCGGACCAUGGUAAGCAGGGUUCUCCUCCUCCCGGGCGCAGGGAACGCAGGAGCCCCUGCGCGGGGGCCCCAGCUCCUCCUCUCCUCAACUGCUCUGGCUUCCCUGGGGAUGUGUCUGGGGUGGGACUGGCCAGCUCCCGGCUCUGCAAUGGAAGUGGUGACUUGCUGAGCAGCAGGGCCUGGGAAGUCUUUGACCUGGAGGACUUGAACUUGACCUUGGAGGAACUUCAGCUCAAGUACCUGGGCCCCCAGCAGAGCAGGUUCUUUGGGCCCAUCUGCGCCACCUAUCUGCUGAUCUUUGCUGUGGGCGCGGCAGGCAAUGCCCUCACCUGCCUCGUCAUCCUCCGGCACAAGGCCAUGCGCACGCCCACCAACUACUACCUGUUCAGCCUGGCGGUGUCGGACCUGCUGGUGCUGCUGCUGGGCAUGCCCCUAGAGCUCUAUGAGAUGUGGCAGAAUUACCCCUUCCCACUGGGGGCCGGGGGCUGCUACUUCCGGACGCUGCUGUUUGAGACUGUGUGCCUGGCAUCUGUGCUGAACGUGACGGCGCUCAGUGUGGAGCGAUAUGUGGCUGUGGUGCAUCCCCUUCAGGCCAAGGCCCUGGUGACACGGGCCCGCGCCCGCCGGGUCAUCAGCGCCCUCUGGGUCAUGUCCGUGCUCUGCUCGCUGCCCAACACCAGCCUGCACGGGAUUCAGGAGCUGGAGGUGCCAGGCCGGGGCGUGGUGCCCAACACAGCCAUUUGCACCUUGGUCCAGCCACGCGCCAUCUACAACCUGGUGAUUCAGGGGACCACGCUGCUCUUCUUUGGCCUCCCUAUGGUCACCAUCAGCACCCUCUACUUGAUCAUCGGCCUUCGGCUGCGGAAGGAGAGACGCCUGUGGGCCCAGGCGAGCCUGGCCAGCCACAGCAGAAGUGACAGCAGUGGUCGGGGGGACAGGCCAAGGAGCUGCCCAGGAACCCCCCUGCAGUCCAAGAGGCAUCGCCAGAGACAGGUGACGAAGAUGCUGUUCAUGCUUGUCGUGGUGUUCGGGGUCUGCUGGGCCCCCUUUCACGUGGACCGCCUCAUGUGGAGCUUCGUGGCGCACUGGACGGAGGAGCUGCUGCAGGCCUUCGAGUACGUGCACGUCACCUCGGGUGUCUUCUUCUACCUCAGCUCAGCUGCCAACCCUGUCCUGUACAGUCUGCUGUCUAGCCGCUUCCGUGAGGCCUUCCGCCAAGCCCUGGGCAUGCAGGGGCGGGGACAGCCCAAGACUCUGCUGCCUCGGGCAGGGGGAGCCUGA